CCGUGAGUUGUACGCGCGCGUCCUUUCGUGAAGAUUCGGCUUCCGUGUCGUACAGCCUUUAGGCCCUACAGCCUCGAUAAACAGAAAGAACCGGCGUUGUGUUAGGAAUAAAACGACUUCUCUCUGCAUCCUGGAUUUCUGCAGGACGGGAGAGCCAUAUUGUUCAUCAUGUACCAUCGACUGUCAAGGUCGCUGGGGCUUCUAAUAUUUCUUAUAGCAGCACAUGUGCAGGAUACUUCCGCAAAACAUCAUCAUAUAAAAUUAAGGCACGGGAGGCAUCGUCGACAACACGGCGGCAGUUAUCUGCCCGGCAGCUUCGUGCCGGACACGGACGAGCCCGAGAGGGGUAACUGGGGACCAUGGUCGACACCGAGCUCCUGUUCGCGCUCCUGCGGCGGCGGGGUCGCUCAUCAGACCAGACAGUGUCUCGACAUAGAUGACAGCGGCCAUGACAGGUGCACCGGUGCCUCCAGGAGAUUCUUUUCGUGUAACAUUCAAGACUGCCCUGGCGAGGCGACGGAUUUUCGAGCGGAGCAGUGCGCAGAGUUUAACAAUGUGCCCUUCGAGGGAACGUAUUACGAUUGGAUUCCGUACACCGGAAGUCCCAAUAAGUGUGAACUGAAUUGCAUGCCGCGUGGCGAGCGAUUUUUCUACAGGCACAAAGUCGCCGUGAUCGACGGCACUCCAUGCGAAUCCGAAAAGAAUGACGUUUGCGUCAAGGGCAAAUGUAUGCACGUCGGAUGCGAUAUGAUGCUGGGCAGCGAUGCCAAGGAAGACGCGUGCAGAGAAUGCGGCGGCGAUGGUUCGGAUUGCAAUACCGUUACCGGUUUAUUCGACACAGAUGAUCUCCAAGUGGGCUACAUCGAUAUUCUGCUCAUCCCUGAGGGUGCGACGAAUAUCGUUAUAAGGGAAAUACAACCAUCGAAUAAUUAUCUUGCCAUACGCAACACAACGGGACAUUACUACCUAAACGGAAACUGGAGGAUAGAUUUUCCUCGUAGCUUGCGCUUCUCGGGCACGAUCUUCCAUUACGCCAGAGAUCCUCAAGGAUUUGCUGCGCCCGACACCAUCACGGCCUUGGGACCGACGAAUGAACCGAUUUACGUCGUGCUGCUGUACCAAGAUCGCAACGUAGGUGUGCAUUACGAGUACAGCAUACCGAAGAAAUUCUCGACGCGCACGGAUCCGGACAGCUACACCUGGGUAACCGAUCAAUUCUCCAGUUGCAGCGUCAGUUGCGGCGGAGGUUACCAAUCAAGACGGGUGGCCUGCGUGCGAAGACGCGACAGUCAAACGGUGGAUGAGAGUCUGUGCGAUCCUGGACUGGAACCAUCCGACACGCAAGGUUGCAGCGAGGAACCCUGUCCGCCCAUGUGGGUGGAGGGCCCGUGGUCUCCGUGCACGAAACAUUGCGGCGAAGGGGGCGAGCAGACGCGAGAGAUCAAAUGCGAGCAAGUUAUCUCGGGUGGAAUAGCCUCUGUGGUGGAUGAUUCCCAAUGUCUCGAAAAGGUGGGGCCGAAAGGUUCCAUCACGCAGGAAUGCAACAGGGACGUGGAUUGUCCGCAGUGGCACGAGGGACCCUGGAAACCUUGCGAUCAUAUAUGCGGGCCUGGUAAGCAAACCAGAAUAGUUACGUGCUACAGAAAGAUCGACGGCAAAAUUCAAGUACUAGAAGAUGAGGCGUGCGAAACGGAGGCACCUGAACGUGAGAAAGCUUGCGAUCUGAGACCUUGCGCCGGUGUCGAUUGGGUCACCUCGGAAUGGAGCGGAUGCGAGAAGAUAUGUGAUCUUACCAAAGAGACUAGAACCGCCCAUUGCGCUACCCAGGACGGCAUGGUUUAUUCAGAUGAUUUGUGUGACGCGGACAAGAAGCCAGAACUGGAAAGAGAAUGCGAAAAAGCCAAGAACUGCGAUUUCCAAUGGUUCACCUCGUUGUGGAGCAAAUGCUCGGCAGAAUGCGGAGCCGGUGUUCAGACGCGCAAAGUAUUCUGCGGCAUUUUCAGCGAAGAUGAAGUGAAAAAAGUUCUGGACGAGAACUGUGAUCCCGAAGAGAAGUUUGAAGACACUAAGAAUUGCACCGCCAAGAAACCGUGCAAGGGAGAAUGGUUUGCAGGACCUUGGAGCAAGUGCUCAAAGCCAUGUGGCGGCGGCGACAUGAUCCGUAAAGUGAUUUGCAUGAGAGAUAACAAAACGGCACCUAUAAGCCAGUGCGACGCCGACUCCAUCAUGUUUUCUACGGAAAAAUGCAACGAUCAACCUUGCGAGGAAGGCGUGACACCGGCCGACAUAGAUGAGAAAAUAACGGACUCGGAUGAAGAAGAAUGCGAGGAAGAGGAAGAGGAGGAGAAGGAGGAAGAUGCUGUUGAAUUCAGUCUCCCUGUGGGGGAGGCAAAAAUGGGCAAGCUGAUCGAGCAGACGGAACUGACAUCUUUGAGCUCGCCGUUUACCGGAAGUGACAUUUACGACAUGAUGUUUAGCGAUUCGACGAGAGGCGACAUAUCGCCUUCCGAGCUGGGUAGUGGCGAGGGUAGCGGCGACGGCGAUUUCACUAUGUAUGAAACUAAAUUCUUCACCGACAGCACAAGUUUCGAUACCGAUUCCACUAUCGAGAAGAGCGAAAGUCCGGUGAACGAAACCACGAUAGAAGCUGGAACUGGUACAACGGAAUUCGGGACAGAGGUAACCGAAUCAUCGGACAUCACCGAAGGUACCGACGUGACGUUCGAAGGUUCCGGCACUACAAUCGAAGAAGGAUCCGGCACAAGCCCCGAGGAAGGAUCUGGCGCGAGCGCAUCUACAAGUGCGGUCACGGAGGAAACGGUGGAAGAAACUCAGGCAUCAACAUCAGCUGUGACUUCGGAAUCCGACAUCUCCAGUGAGACUGCCGAAUCUACCGCUAGCGAAAGUUCGGAAGGAUCGACAACGAUCGAAUCCAGUGACAUGACGACUGGAUCCAGUGAUAUCACGACCGAAUCGAUUGGAUCCAGCGAUAUCACGACCGAAUCGACUGGAUCCAGCGAUAUUACGACCGAUCUUACUACCGGUUCAGCGGAAACCACAAUUUCAUCCAUUACCGAAUCGACAGAAUCUACUGAAACGAAAAUAACAGACACCACUGAUACGGCGACGACCGAUUCGACGGAGACGCAAACUACUGAUUCAACAGAACCUACAGACACGACCGAAUCCACGGAAUCUCCACCAACUACAUCCUCUUCGGAAACCACAGUUACGGAAAAAACAGAAACGGAAACCACAGUUACGGAAAAAACAGAAACAACCGGAAGCGACGAAACCACUGAAUCCAGCAUUACAUCCGAGAUAACGACUGAGACGUCAACAAUGGUCUCUGAGCUGACGACCGAAUUAAAGGUGCAAGGCGAAUACGAUUUCGAUUCAGAGGAACAAGGUACCGAUGCCGUAACGACUGAAUCGAGUACCACCGAAGGAACCUAUUUCACUACAACGACUAGCAAUACGGAAGAAAGUACUGUUUCCGGAACGACCUCGUCUGACGAGACUGCAACUACUGGCAGCGAGACAACCGAGACAACCGAAUCGGAACAAACUACGGAAUCAGGCGAGACAACUGAGGCCAGCGUCAGCACAACGGAAUUAACUGGGACAACGGAAUUAAGCGAGACAACGGAAUCCGGAGCGACGACCGAAUCUAGCGAAGUUACGAUCAGUACAUUAAGCGCGACUACCGAGUCAGGUGCGACUACGGAGUCCGAAAUUACAGAAACCACCGAAUCAGGUGCAACGACGGAAUCGGGAGAGACAACUUUAUCGGGCGAGACGACCGAAUCAUCGGCUACGACGUUGUCGACCCUCGAAGAGACAACAGUGUCUGGUGAGACCACCGCGACGGAAGUUACGUCCUCCACGAUCAGCGGAGAAACCGAUCUUACCGAGAAGACUCAUGUCACGGAGAUAUGGACAACCGGCUUCCCAGAAACAACUGCACACAAGAGGCAAUGCAAACCGAGAAAGAGCUGUAAAAAGACGCCGUUUGGAUGUUGCUAUGACGGUUUCACCAUUGCUAGUGGACCAUUCGGUCAAGGUUGUCCGACACCGCAGACAUGCAAUGAUACGCGAUUCGGUUGCUGCCCUGAUGGUGUGUCGCCAGCCACUGGUCCAAAGAACGCGGGUUGUCCCGAUUCUCAUUGUAACGAAUCUCUCUUCGGUUGCUGCCCGGAUGGCGUUACCAUGGCGCAAGGCAACGAUUAUGAAGGAUGCAAGAAACCGUGUGCAGAAACAGAAUUUGGAUGUUGUCCGGAUAACGAGACUGCAGCUGAUGGAAAGGACUAUCUGGGAUGUUGUAACUCUACCGAGUUCGGUUGCUGUCCGGAUAAUAUCAAAGCUGCUUCUGGUCCUGAGGACGAAGGUUGCGAGGAGGAAACCACUUCCGAAACACCCCAAACGGAGAUGUACGAGACAACAACGCAACCUAUCUCGCGCGAAGAUUGCGCAAAUAGCACCUACGGCUGCUGUCCUGAUGGCAUUACCAUUGCCAAUGGCACGAACUUUGCGGGAUGCGGCGUCAUUAAUACUGAAAACUGCAGCGCGUCCUAUUUCGGAUGCUGUCCUGACGGAGUUUCCGCAGCUCUCGGGCCGGAUAACUAUGGCUGUCGGAUGCCUUGCCACGAUAGCGCUUACGGAUGCUGCGAGGAUGGGGUAACAUCGGCGCAUGGACCAAACAACGAGGGAUGCUGCUUAUCGACCCCGUACAAAUGCUGUCCGGAUAACAUUCUGCCGGCACGUGGACCAAACUUCUACGGCUGCGGCUGCCAGUACACGAGAUUCGGCUGUUGUCCGGAUAAUUCAACGGCGGCGCGUGGACCGAGCAACGAGGGCUGCGGCUGUCAAUACACGCCUCACGGUUGCUGCCCGAAUCGGUUCACCCCCGCCAGCGGACCGAAUUUCGAGGGAUGCCCGUGUUACACUUAUCAGUUCGGAUGCUGUUCCGAUGGCAUUACUAUCGCCAAGGGUUCCCAUGGUCAAGGCUGCGGAUGCGAGAAUACGAAAUACAAGUGCUGCUCGGACGGUCAGACUCCGGCGACGGGCCCGAAUUUUGCCGGGUGUACUUGUGACGCUUCACAAUACGGAUGCUGUCCGGAUGGAAUCGAGGAAGCUCAAGGAGAGAACUUCGAAGGUUGUCUCACGAUACCAUCGAUGCCAGGUGCUGCGUGCGGUCUGAAGAAGGACAGAGGCUCCUGCCGAGAUUUCACGGUCAAGUGGUUUUACGACACCGAUUACGGUGGUUGUUCGAGAUUCUGGUACGGAGGCUGCGAGGGAAACGAGAAUCGAUUCAAAACGCAGGAAGAGUGCAAAGAGGUUUGCGUUCAACCGAAAGGAAAAGCUGCUUGUGUCUUACCGAAGAUCGCUGGUCCUUGCGAAGGUUAUCACCCGACGUGGUAUUACGAUGCCGGCAGGAAACAAUGCGGUCAAUUUAUUUACGGUGGUUGCCUCGGUAAUGCUAAUAAGUUCAAAACUAGGGAGGAAUGCGAAGAACUUUGCGUCACGCCGGACGAUGUUGAUGCUUGCGAUCAACCAAAAGAAACAGGUCCUUGCGCAGGCAACUUUACAAGAUGGUACUACAAUCAAGAAUCGCAAACUUGCGAACAAUUCAUAUAUGGUGGUUGCAAAGCAAACAACAAUAAUUUCCCGACAGAAAUCGCAUGUCAUCAGCAAUGUUUAACGCCAGGUCGAAGGAAAGAUCUUUGCACGUUGCCGCGGGCGGAGGGUACAUGCACAGAGAAACAAUCUCGAUGGUACUUUGAUCAAUCGGAGAAUCGUUGCAUGCCAUUCUAUUACACCGGCUGUGGUGGCAAUAAAAAUAACUUUGAAUCUAGAGACGUAUGCGAGACUGAUUGUCCGCCUAAGAUCGAACAAGACAUUUGUCUCCUGCCUGCUCUCCUGGGUGAGUGUCACAAUUACACUCAACGAUGGUACUACGACUCCUACGAGCAGCACUGCCGACAAUUCUAUUACGGAGGAUGCGGCGGGAAUGAGAAUAACUUCGUGAGCGAGCAGGAUUGCGUCAAUAGGUGCGAGACGGCCGUCACUACGCCAACCCCGCCGGAGCAAAUCGAGUUUCGAACAGAAUUCUGUUUCUUGCACGAUGAACACGGCCCGUGCUCUGAGAAUCAGGUCAAGUGGUUCUACGACAGUCGUGACGGUGUCUGCAAACAAUUCCGGUACGGUGGCUGUCAGAGCAACGGGAACAACUUCAACACUCGCGAGGAAUGCGAGUAUCGUUGCACAGAGCUUCAAGAUCCUUGCACGCUGCCGAAAGUGGUCGGUCCCUGCAAUGGCUUCGUGAAGCAAUUCUACUAUGACCAACGUGGCGAUUCUUGCGACGAGUUCGAAUACAGCGGUUGUCAAGGCAAUAAGAAUCGCUUCCAGGAUAGGGAAUCCUGCGAGAGGCAGUGUAGGCGACAGCCGCCAGUUACGUCACCGGAAGUUAUUCAAGUCACGACAGUAUCGCCUUUCGAAGAACCAAAGAGCCCGAUCUGCUUGACACCGGUCGAUUCUGGCGACUGUGACGACUCUGUCACCGGGGUACACGAAACCAUCACCGCGUAUUAUUACGAUGCGCAACAUCAAAUGUGUCAGGCGUUCAUUUACAGCGGCUGCGGGGGUAAUGCUAACAAAUUCCAGACCGAAGAACAGUGCGAGCGACUUUGCGGCAAGUUCCACGGACAAGACAUGUGCAAUCUCCUCAUGGAUUCUGGCCCGUGCAGAGGCGCUUUCCGCAAGUAUUACUACGAACCAGGCUUACGUACCUGCCGUGAAUUCAAUUACGGCGGAUGCGAUGGCAACGCGAAUAGAUUCAGCACUAUCUCCGAAUGCGAGUCAAUCUGCAUACAUCACGAGGAGCCUGUACCUCCCGGGAAUGACACUAGCGUUUCGAAUUUGUCGAUCUGUAAAGAACCGGUCGAUAGUGGGUCUUGCACGUCUGGUUCUGCCAAGCGAUUCUACUUCGACGAGGAACGCCAAACAUGUUUGGCAUUCAUUUAUACCGGAUGCGGCGGCAAUCGAAACAGAUUCAAGACUUUUGAAUCAUGCAUUAAUAGUUGUCUUAGGACAAGUAACGAAAUAGACGUGGAGUCCAAGGACACGAAAGAUAGCUGUGCGGAGGCCAAGGAAGAAUGUAAUAUCGUUCGUUGUCCGUACGGCAAGGAACAAUACGUGGAUUCGCAAGAUUGCGAACGCUGCCGUUGCGUCGAUCCUUGCAGGACGAAGGUCUGUCCUGAGGGUACUCGAUGUGCCAUUACGCUGGUCGCUACGCAAGACGGUACAGAGUACAAGGGCGUUUGUCAAUCGAUCAUUAAACCCGGCCGUUGUCCAAUAGUAUCCAAUAGUACUCGAUGCGAGCAAGAAUGCGUGACAGACGCGGAUUGUCCUGGAGAGUGGAAGUGCUGCGACAGUGGCUGCGGUACAUCUUGCUUGGAACCGGCGCCGGAAGAGCCGUUGACAACGACGUCACCCACCGUCACUCCACCGCAAUACGGCGGUGAACCCGCAAUGAUUCAACAGCCCGAUGAACCUCAUGUCAGCGCACAGGAGGGAGGUUACAUCACGUUAAAGUGUGUCGCACUAGGAACUCCUAGACCGAUUAUCACGUGGAGGAAGGACACUACACUGAUUGGACCUUCCGAGACGAGACGGCGCAUAUUGCUCGACGGAUCUCUUCAGAUCAUUAAUUUAUACACUUACGACAGAGGAACUUAUGUAUGUACUGCUGAUAACGGCUUAGGACCACCGGUAAGAGCGGAGUAUCAAUUAGAAAUCACAGCACCAAGCAACCUCGCAGCCGCCAUCAUCGGAGAGCCCGAUACUCGCAUAACGGUGACGAUGAACUCGCCGAUAGCUCUGCAUUGUUACGCGAUGGGAUGGCCGAGGCCACAUGUCACCUGGUGGCGCGGUGAGCGCAUGUUGCCCUUGUCUUCGGAGACUUACGAGCAGGAUACUGACUAUACCCUUCUGAUACGCUCGGUAACCUUGACUAGCCUUGGUGUUUACACCUGUCAAGCAUUCAAUGCCGUAGGUCCAGCAGCGUCGUGGUCGACAAUCCUACAGGCAAUUGGACCCGUAUACAAUGUUAAACCUGAGCACGAGGAGUACGUCAAGUACCUCGUACAACCCCCGAAGAGACCCACUACCGAGAAACCACAAUAUCCUUAUAGACCCACUAGAACGCAAUCCCCCGAAUAUCAGACUUAUGCCCCUGUUUAUCCCUCGAAACCACCUCGUAUUCCUGCUGUUAUCCCUCUUGAAACCACCACCGUCGAACCCGGCGGCGCCAAGUUUAAAGUACCAGUCAAAGUUAAUGCAUCGGCAGGACAAUCACAAUUCCCCGAAGGCAGUGACAUAAGCAUCGCUUGUGCCGUGGACGGUUAUCCAAUCCCACGUGUCCUCUGGUAUAAGAACGAUGAACUCAUUCAAACAAAUAAUCGAAUCAAGAUUUCUGAACUCAAUCGGCUUAUCAUCAGCGAUGCAAAUCAAGAAGAUUCCGGCCGAUAUCGAUGCGAAGCGACCAAUGAAUACUCUUCGGAUUCCGAUAGCGUUGAUAUACGCGUAGCUGGCAUCUUCAUUCAUCCUCAUUGCCAGGACAACACGUUCUUUGCCAACUGCGAACUUAUCGUGGAGGCCAAGUUUUGCACGCACAAGUAUUACGCCAAGUUCUGCUGUCGAUCGUGCACAGAGGCCGGCCAGUUGCCGGCGAGAGGACCCCAUAUCGACAACUCGAAAAGAAGAAGAAGGAGAUCUGUUCUUCGAACGCUCGUCUAAGAUACCAAAUCGACUCUUCGGUAUUUCCGACUCACACGUGAUAGCACAUAUCGAUCUUGGAUCGUGGCCGGCGGGAUACGCGACAGAGAAGGAAACGGAGAGAAGGGGGAAUCAUGCGCGCAUCCACCUGCCCCUAUCGGACGUGCCGAAUAAUCGACUUGUUAACUCACUGCCAAAGCCUUAGAGCGUUUAUA